AUGCAGAAGGUAGAGGCGCGCAAAUGGAUGAUCCACAAAGAAUCCUUCGACGAGUACGCCAUCGAAAAAUGGACCUUGAUCCAACGGUUGAACAUUCCGGCACCAGAUGCAAUCCAAUUGAUCAUCGGAGGCAUACAGCAAGUGUCGCUGAGAGCGACGGCACUAUCACUAAACUCGAAGACGAUGGAGGAGUUCUUGGAAGUCAUGAGACGUAUCACAGACGGAGCAACAGACUGGGACAGGAAGAACCUGGCAAAUGGAGCGGCAAAAACAAAGCCAAAAGACGGUACUUGCAGGAAUUGCGGGAAAAAGGGUCACGGAGCAAAAGACUGUAAGUCCGAAAUCAUUUGCUUUUAUUGCAAAGCGCCGGGACAUCGCAGUUUCGACUGCCCGAAGCUGAAAUCCAAGGACACGAACCACGGAACAGCAACGAAGACGUCGACCGCUAAGGUAGCAGCCACGGUCGCAGCCAACCCGGCGGAAGGAGAGUCAGUGGUGAUGGUCCAGAGCACAGGUACCAGACUGGAGCUGGAAAACCCAUACAUAAAAAUUAGCGAUAUCAAUGGUGAGCAAUGUAAUCUAUUGGCUCUAAUAGACGGGAAGUCCGGUGUCUUUCAUCAAAUACAAUACAUACCGACAAUACAAAGAGACAUUCACGAGCACGAAACAGUAAAGGAUAGGAAGUUUCAAACUAAUGUCUACAUUCUGAAAGGUGACCCGUUAGAAUCCGAUUUGAUAUUGGGAAGAGAAUUUCUGGCGAGCGAAACACUCACAUUGGUGUAUUCGCCGCCGGGUCAAGGUGACAAAGAGACGGUGAACUUGUUUGCCUGUCUUCCGUGCUAUAUAGACGAAAGACGGACAAACAACGAAAGACAGAUCGCGUUGGAAAAUAUUGAAACCGAUGCCGAUCCGGAGACAGAGAAACGAUUGAAACUCCUUAUCCUUGAAACACAAAGAAAACAAUUAGAACAGGUUGAGGACGGUUAUGCGGUAAAAGUUAACAUAAAGGACGAUUCGGUAUACGUGUACACACCGCGAAGAUUCGCGCUGGCGGAGAAAUUAGAAAUAAGGAAGAUCACCGACGAUCUGUUGCGACGGGACAUAAUACAGCCUAGUAUAUCUCCGUACUGUGCGAGGGUAGUACCAGUGAUAAAAAAAACAGGGCAAACCAGGCUAUGCGUUGAUCUGAGGCCACUAAAUUCGAGAGUCGAGAAACAGAAAUACCCUUUCCCGAUUAUCGAGGACUGCUUGUCGAAAAUAAGCAAUAAAAGAUAUUUUACCCUGUUAGAUAUGAAAGACGGUUUCCAUCAAAUAAAGGUAACAGAGGACAGUACAAAAUAUUUUUCAUUUGCGACGCCGGACGGGCAAUUCGAAUGUAAGAGACUUCCUUUCGGACGGUUCAUAAAAGAUUACACGAUAAAAGCUAAACCGCUACAGAACUUGUUAAAAAAGACGGUCGAUUACAAAUUCGAUAUAGAAUGUGAGAGAGCAUUCGAAACUUUAAAAAAGGAACUUACCUCGGCACCAGUACUGAAAUUAUACGAUCCCGCGGCAGAGACCGAACUGCACACCGACGCUAGCAGUGCAGGCUACGGGGCGAUUCUCUUGCAGCGGCGAGGGAAUCAGCCAUGGGCGCCAGUCGCGUACUUCAGCAAGAGCACGAACGAAGCUGAAAGCAAAUACCACUCGUAUGAGCUAGAGAUGUUAGCGAUCGUUAAGUCCAUAGAAAGAUUCCACCUGUACCUGUACGGGUAA